AUGGCCCACAAACAAACACCAAGAGAUUUCCUGAAACUUAUAAUUGGAAGACCAGUAGUGGUCAAACUAAACUCGGGUGCCGAUUAUAGAGGUGUUCUUAUUUCCCUAGAUGGCUAUAUGAAUGUCGUACUUGAGCAGACAGAAGAGUAUGUUGAGGGGCAAUUGAAGAACAAAUAUGGUGACGCGUUCAUUAGAGGAAACAAUGCACACAGAAGCGUUGGUAACCAGUAUGCAACCUGUACAGAAUACCUUUCUGUCUCUUAA